UUCCUCAGUUCAGAAACGGUCUCUCUUAGUACAGCAAAUUCCACGCAAUCAUUUAAGAUACACAAAGCCCUUCUGGGGUCAAAGUCAAAAGCAAUCUUAGCAGCAUUUGAGCAUCCGUGCGAGGAAGGAGAGAAUGGUGUUUAUAAAUUUAAAGAGACGACGGAAGGCACUGUUACCCGGUUUAUUGAGUGGGCAUACAGAGGGGAUUAUCCUGACCCGGUUUACGAGGCCGGCUUCAUAGAAAACUCUGAAGUUUCGACUAAAGAAAGCGCUGAAAAGGACAGCGUGAUUUCCGACACCGAUCUUGAAUUGACUCGUGAUGAUCAUCCGCUCUUAGCUCACGUUCAGCUAUACAUUUUUUGCGAUAUUUAUGGAAUCAAACAGCUCAAGGAUCUUGUAUUUUCGAAACUCACAUCUCGCCUUGCUGAUAUCGGGAAGCCUGAGAGACUAGACGCCCAGCUUGCAAUCAUUGAUGUCUUGCGUAUUUUUUUUGCAAGUAUUCAUCCUGAUAAUGAUCUGGCUGACUGGCUGGCGCAUUACGCAGCAUAUUGUAUGGAUAAAUUACUGUUACAGAAUGAUUUUAUCGACCUACUCCAGCAGGCUCCCGUUCUUGGUUCACGGAUGAUGGACUAUCUGCAUCCAGCAUCAACUCCCCCUUGGAACAGCCCACGUCCAAAAAAUAGGUUUCCUUUGUCAGUACACGCGUUUUCCUUGGGUUUUAAUACAGAUUAA